CAAAUUGAGUUGAAUACGUUGGCACAAAAAGAAAAUGAAAAAGUUGAUAAAUUUGCUCACCAAUUUAAAAAAUUAUUAAAAAGAGUUGACCUAGAUAAUAAAUUGCCUGAUUCUUAUGUCAUCAGAAUGUUUUUAGAGGGCCUUCACGAAAAAGGAAGAACCUACCACUAUGCUUAUUGGCCAGCUAUCCCAACGGAUACAACAAAUAAUAACCAAUUGCGAGCAAUUAACUAUCACCAUGCUGCUAAAAUUGAAAGUCAUCCUAUCCAGACCAAAAUUAACCAAAAUAGACCUCGUCAACCUCGUUCAACAAACAAUAGAAAUAUUCGUAACAUUUAUACUCUGGAAAGUGCGAAUAUCAUUCCCCAAUCUGAUUAUCAGCUUUACACUAUUAAAAGGCGUGAAAGGCCAAAG